AUGGACCAGGUCCUCCUGGCCUUCCCGCCAGAUGGCGAAAUCUCCGACAAAACAUACGAUACUGAGGUUAAAAAACACAUUAAUAGAGUUGAAUCGCUGUUCAGGGAACAAACAUCAGUCGUUCUUCCUGCGACCCCACAGCUCCUCGAGCUCGUGAAUCCCUCUGUUAAUUCAAUUUCCUUCCUCGCCAUUAUCAACACCCUAAAACACGCCGACAAUUCAACCGUUCCUGUCUCCCGAUCCGAGCUCACCAAACAUGCUCUCCGUUUCCUUCAAUCUUUCGACGCCCGUCAGAUUCGUUAUGUCGGCGAAAGCUUUCUUCACCUGGUUCGUGAGGUGAUAGAUCUCAAGUGGAUUCCCGGCCCCCAAGCCGUCCAAGUCCUCGCGGCCGUCAUCCUCCGCCUCGAUAGCACCGGCCAGGUUCUCACAUCGACUCACUGUUCACUUGCGGAACUAGCUUUUGAGUCCGGACAACUUGCGCCAGUACUGCCGGUCAUCGAGAAACCCUACGUCUUCGUCCCAGCCAUGGCCGACCAAUCCGCACCCCAGUACCUCUGCGACCUCUCUGCCUCCCCUGCAAGCUACAUCUCGCACAAGACCGGUCUUACGGGGAAGCUUACGAAGGACAUGGUCAUGCAUUACGAUUACUUGUGUGGCCGUAUCUUCUCGUCGCUGCGGAAAUGGGAUGAAGCCCACGCCGCUUUUGGUCGCGUCGUGACCUUCCCGACUUCAGACGGCACCCUUACCCAAACCAUGAUAGACGCCUACAAGAAAUGGAUGCUGACGGGCAAUAUCGCCCUUGGACGGCGACCCGAAUUACCCCCAUACGUCCACCCCACCGCCAGUAGGAACUAUGGCGUCAUGGGCAAGCCGUACCUGGAUCUUGCCACGGUCUUCGCUUCCGGGUCGGCACCAGACCUGCGGUCCGAGGCAGAAAAGUCGGCCAAAACGUGGGAGGAAGACGGCAACUUCGAUCUCGUCAAGGAGGUCUUGGCAGCAGCCCAGAAGUGGGCCAUUAUGGAUCUGUCCAAUCUGUACACCAGGCUGAGCUUGAAUCUGGUCCGCGAGCUGACCAAGAGCGGCCAGACGGGCGAAAGCUUGGCGACCGAGCAGGAAGUAGAGGACCUCAUUCGAGGCAUGAUUGAGUCCGGCAUGCUCCGCGCCACCCUCACACAGCAGCACUCGGAUGGUACCAAGUGCCUCGCUUUCUUGUCCCGGGGCGAGGACCUCUCGGAAGAAGAGUUCGCGUCCAAGAUGAAGGGGAGUGUCGAUUCGCUGAAAGCCCUCGGUCACACGGUCGAGACGACCAACUUGCGCCUCACCAUGAACAAGGACUACGCGAAGCACGUCCUUCGUGACCAAAAGCGUCAAGAGAAGGGUGACACCAACGACCCAGGUAUCGGCUUCGAACAGUCUAUCGAGGAUGAGGACCUCAUGACAGGUAUUAUGCAUACCAUGUAG